AUGUCCAAGCCCGCAAAGUCGUACAACCCCGACGAGAAGCGCCGUGCCAUCGAGCAGUACCACGAGAAGAUCAACUACAGCAACCGUUACUCUGAUGACGAGUGGGAGUACCGCCACACACCGCGCACGCCCACUUGUCUCAUGGCUGACACCUCUCGUCAGCUGCCAAAGCCCCUGGCCAAGUUUGUCCCGCCCGGCAUUCUCGCCGAGGAGGUCUGGCGCGGACUCGGCAUCCGCCAGUCACCCGGCUGGGAGAUGUACAUGCGCCACGAGCCUCACGUCCUCCUCUUCAGGCGGCCAAGGAACUACGACCAGCUCCACCCCCCACUUGGCGGCUCGGCCGCUGCCGCUCGCCUCGUCAAUGGCGGCGCAAAGUAG